AAGCCGUCUUAUCGGAUUUCCUCUCCCCCAGGAUAAAUAUGUGAAUCCUAUCCUAUCCUACGGUUUGACAUGACCUGCUUAGUUGGAACAUGAGUCGGUUUGAUUUAACUAAACACAUCUGUCAAGAAUUUCAUUUAACUGACUUGGAAAAAAACAUGGAAACUUCAUUUUGUUUGACGUUAUUUUAAGGAGUUACAGCGAUUACUUCGCUAGACCCCUGCAUUGUGAAUAUUUUGAGUUUUGUCAUCUCUUUCUAAUGCUAAUAUCAAUUUUUUAUAUUUAUAAGAAAUUGAAAAAGUUGUAAAUAAUCCUGUGAAGUAGAAUACCUAUGAAUCUAUUGUUUGCCUAGUUCAGUAGUUUAUCGAUUAUUACAAUCUGAUAAUUGUGAUGGCAGCAUUGAAGGUUCGUGGUAUUGGUGAAAGGUUGAAAACAUCACUCAAGACUGCUAUCGUCGAUUAUAGAACUUCAGCUCUAGAGUCUUUGCAAUAUAUGAAAGAAAACCCAGUUAAAACAACAAUGUAUACAGGAUUAUUGCUAUUUGGAAUCCGACUCAAUCGGACAAUGCCGACCGAAACCGAGUUUUAUGCAAAGCUUGUAGACAAGUCUAAUGAAAUUGUAUUAUUGAAUGAUAAAACUCGAAACAAAGAAUCAGAUGAACACAUUCAAAAAGUUUCUGGAUAUUUUGCAAAGGGACGAAUUCGCCAUCAAAAUUUAGUGAUUUUCUCUCUAAUUUAUUAUACUGAUUAUGACGUAACUAAUAAGCAUUAUGAAUCGCAAUGUAAAUUUUUACGUCCAAAAUGGAGGGAAUUUCAUAAUCGAAUAGUGGAUAUAGGUUUAUAUCGACGAUGGUGGGUGCUGAGAUACCAUACAACAGACUAUGAUAUAAAUUUUGAAGAGUUUCCAAAAGACCUUGAUUCCACAUGGGCACAAAUAAAAGACUUUUUCAACAGAAUAUUGGAAAUUUCAUAUUUUGGAAAUCCUGCUAUUCCUUUAUCUGAGCAAAGAAAAGUUAGAAAAGCAAUUGAAGUUGUUGAAUAGAACACAUACUGCUAUUUUGUCUUUUUUCAAUCACCUAUUAAAAUUGUUUAUUUCACUACAAGUUAUUUAAAUUUUUAUGUGGUUAAACAUCAACAAAUUCAUCAGUUCUGAGGUCAUAAAUUUGUUUCUUUUUAUUUGUUUGUUAUGGUUUUCAUUAUGUUUUGAACUACACGGAGUAAAAAUUUGUAAUCAAUUGCUUAGCUUUUGUUUUUUCCAAGCAUUUUUUAUCUGGUAUCCAUUUUGUUAGUCUACAUU